CCUCCAUUAAAGAACACGCGAACGCUCCAGGUUUAUGGAAGUUUAAUAAUAAAAAACAUAUAUACGGACUUUCACUUUUUAAAGUUUCGCAUCUUAUUUUGUGAGCGUGUACACGGACAUGCGUAGGGUCGUGAAAGCCCCAAUUUUUAACCAAUUUAAUUAAUCUGGAACGAUUGGCAGACCACCGCCGCCGUUUGCUCCGCUUUCUGCUUGCCGAUAAAAGCUCAAAGUUAAUAAUUUAUUCGUGGUAUUUCCACUCUGCACCCUUUAAAAAAAAUAAUACUGCAACUUUAGACAGAGAGCGAUCAUUAUUUUGCUCCCUGCCUUCAGUAUUAAUAUUUAAUCAAGCGGCUUGUGCAGAUUCUCCAUUCUCGUCCACGGUUGGUUGGGGCUUAAAAUUUUUUAGUAUAUUCUUAUACAUUUUCCCACCCUUUUUGCCAGAUCAGCCGUUCUGACAAUAUUUACACAGUCAGUUGUGUUGCACAUUAACAGUUCGGAAGGUGCUCUAGGCUCACUCCAGCUGUGCCCCAUAGACUGGGGAGACACGUAUUGCACUCUGGGAGAAUGAUUGGCACCACGGCUUUGGGCGCGACCCUCAGGACCGGGGCCACCCUGCUGUGGAAGAGCGCCAAGGCCCAGGCUCGCAGCUAUGGCCAGCGAGGGGAUAUUCGGGGGGUGUACCCCCCCAUCGCCACACCAUUCACCUGCACCGAGGACGUGGACUUUGAGAAGCUGGUUGAGAACGUGCAGAAGUAUGGGAAAAUGCCUCUGAGAGGGCUCGUGGUUCAAGGCUCCAACGGUGAAUUCCCGUAUCUGACGGUCGAGGAGCGGGUGGAAGUGGUGCGCCGGGUGAGACAGGUUCUGCCCAAGGACAAGCUGGUUAUGGCAGGGUCCGGCUGCGAGUCCACCAGGGCUACGGUGCAGAUGACUGAACAGAUGGCUCGGGCCGGGGCCGACGCAGUCCUCGUGGUCACCCCCUGCUUCUACCGCGGGAGGAUGGACAGUCGAGCGCUCGUUCACCAUUACACCCAGGUGGCUGACUCCAGUCCGGUACCCGUCGUUCUUUACAAUGUGCCGGCCAACACAGGCUUGGACAUCCCUGUGGACGCCGUGGUCACCCUCUCCCAACACCCCAACAUCGUGGGCCUCAAAGAAAGCGGUGGAGACGUCACGAGAAUCGCGCUGAUUGUCCACAAGACGCGGUCGCAGGACUUCCAGGUUCUCGCCGGGUCGGCCGGGUUCCUCGUGGCUGCUUAUGCCGUGGGCGCAGUGGGGGGGGUGUGUGCCCUGGCUAACGUCCUGGGACGGCAGGUGUGUCAGCUGGAGGAGCUCUGUCUGUCCGGCCGCUGGAGAGAAGCAAGGGAGCUGCAGUACCGGCUCAUCGAACCCAACAACGCGGUGACCAGGAAGUUCGGGGUGGCCGCUCUGAAGCAAGCAAUGGAGUGGUUCGGUUACCAUGGCGGCGAGUGCCGGGCCCCCCUGCGCCCCCUGUCCGAGGCAGAGGCCCAGCAGCUGCGGGAGGACUUCUCCUCGAACGGCUGGCUCUGAGCUUUCAGAGUUUUACAUCAUUUAACAUAAUUUUCACAAUUAGCAGCUCCAGAUGCUGUUAUGGAAACAAACAAAAUAUAUUUGCAGACGACAGAAUGA